CUUGACAAGAGCCACAGAGCACGUAAUAAUAACAAGAGCAUUCAAUACAAAACGACUGAAAAUCCGAAAUAAAUAAGUUCAUAAGCCAGUAUAUUCAUACAUGUAAGAACACAAUUCACUUGAAAUAUGAAUGGAUUCAUUGCUGUGCAUUGCGGAGCUGGGUAUCACAGUGACAAUCUUAAAAAAGAAUACCAAAGAACAUGCUAUGCAGCUUGUAGAAAAGCUAUAGAAACUCUUAAGAGUGGAGGCAGUGCAGUAGAUGCAGUGGAAAAAGCAAUAAUAGAAUUAGAAAACAGUUCAUUAACCAAUGCUGGAUAUGGAUCAAAUCUCAGUUGGGAUGGAUCUGUUGAGUGUGAUGCAUCUAUUAUGAAUGGCCAAACACUACAUUUCGGAGCAUGUGGUGCUGUGUCAAAUGUCUGGAAUCCUAUAAGUUUGGCCAAACACUUGUGUAUGAAGCAAUGUGAAAAUCUCUCCCUGGGCAGGGUUCCCCCAUGCAUUCUGACUGGACGAGGAGCCCGGUCAUGGGCAGAAAGAAUGGGUUUGGAAAUUGUAGAUGAAAAAGAUAUGAUUUCAGCCCGUGCUUUUCGCAACUUUAAACACAGUAAAAGAAAAUUGAAAAGAUACUCCCUUCAAAAUGACAUUAAAUUUAGUCCUCUGGAUACUGUGGGAGCAAUAUGUGUUGAUUCCAAUGGGAUAGUGGCAUCAGGAGCUAGUUCUGGAGGAGUCUCUUUGAAGCAUGAAGGCCGAGUUGGUCAGGCUGCUUCAUUUGGCAGCGGCGUGUGGGCUGUCAAUAACAUGGAUAACAAGUCACCUUCCAUAGCAGCAUGCACAUCUGGUUGUGGCGAGCAUUUAAUUCGAACUCAAUUAGCCAGAAAGACAGCAGAAAGCCUUAAUGAUCCCUCUCCUGUAAUAAGCCUGGACAAAUGUUUGAAAGAUCAUUUCUUAAAUUCACCAUUUCUUUGGGAUGUUUCUGAACGAUUGGGUGGAACAUUGGCAUUGCGUUUCGACCCUGCGAUUGGAGAAGGGGAACUGCUUUGGGGUCACACUACCAAAACUAUGUGCAUUGGUUACAUGUCAACAGAACAUGAAAGACCAAAGUGCAUUAUAUCUCAAUUACCAGCAAAGGUUGAACCAGGCCACAAAGCAGUUGUGUCAGGGACACCAUUCAAUGUUCGUAUACAACCAUGCCCAACGUUUCAAUGGGAAGUGAAGACUGAAACAAACUGUAAUGGAUCUCUCUAGUUACUACUCUUAGUUUUAGUGUAAUUAGCUUAGAUAAUGUUUAGAUACCUAGGUAAUGUGACUGUGUUCUUGACUAAUAAUUAGAUAAAGAGAUGCCAAUGUGUAUUGUUA